GUCGCCCGCCCGCCCGCCCGCGGGAUCCGGAUCGGCUUCAGCCAUGUCGAAGGCCAAGGUCUACGCCGACGUCAACGUGGUGCGCCCCAAGGAGUACUGGGACUACGAGGCCCUCGCCGUACAGUGGGGUGAGCAGGAUGACUACGAGGUUGUCCGGAAAGUUGGAAGAGGCAAAUACAGUGAAGUUUUUGAGGGAAUCAAUGUUAACAAUAAUGAGAAAUGUGUUAUUAAAAUCCUGAAGCCUGUCAAGAAAAAGAAGAUCAAAAGAGAGAUCAAAAUACUUCAAAAUCUCUGUGGAGGUCCAAAUAUCGUGAAGCUUCUUGAUAUUGUCAGAGAUCAGCAUUCAAAAACACCAAGCUUGAUCUUUGAAUAUAUUAACAACACAGAUUUCAAAGUGCUGUAUCCGACAUUGACAGAUUAUGACAUUCGCUACUAUAUCUAUGAGUUGCUUAAGGCUCUGGAUUACUGCCAUUCACAAGGCAUUAUGCACCGAGAUGUGAAGCCCCACAAUGUUAUGAUAGAUCAUGAGCUCCGGAAACUCCGUCUAAUAGACUGGGGCCUUGCUGAAUUCUACCAUCCUGGCAAGGAAUAUAAUGUCCGUGUUGCAUCAAGGUACUUCAAGGGACCUGAGCUUCUUGUUGACUUACAAGACUAUGAUUACUCUUUGGACAUGUGGAGUCUUGGCUGCAUGUUUGCAGGAAUGAUAUUCCGCAAGGAGCCAUUUUUCUAUGGCCAUGAUAACCAUGAUCAACUUGUUAAGAUUGCAAAGGUACUUGGAACAGAUGGGCUAAAUGCUUACUUGAACAAGUACCGAAUUGAGCUCGACCCUCAGCUUGAAGCCCUUGUUGGAAGGCACAGCAGGAAACCCUGGUCAAAGUUUAUUAAUGCGGACAACCAGCAUCUUGUAUCCCCUGAGGCCAUAGAUUUCCUUGACAAGCUUCUGCGCUAUGAUCACCAGGAUAGGCUAACUGCACGUGAAGCUAUGGCACAUCCAUACUUCCUCCAGGUGAGGGCUGCAGAAAACAGCAGGACUCGUGCACAGUAAGCAAUAGCAAGACUGUUGUGAACUGUCCAAUGUGAGGCCAUCGAUGAAGCCGCUUCCUUUUGGCGACUUGGUCAUGUAUUUCAACUCGAUAAUGGUUGAAUCAGCUGUGAAGAGCUGUUGUGGGAGAGCCUGUGGCGUGUGCCUAACGGCACGGGGGAGAACUGUGAUUUGCUCCUCUUGUUUGUGUGUGGUAACCUGAUUAAUUGCAAGUUUGCAACACAUUAUUCAUGUAACUUGUUUGGUACUAUUGUAUGAGUCUGCUUGUAAAGAAUAUCUUUGGUGAAUUGGUUUGGAUUCAAAUUAUUGCAGCCCUUCUCUUA